UCCUGGAGACACAGAGAAACACAGAGGAAAGGACCGAGCCUCUUCCCCUUUUCCCUUUCAGCCUGGACAAUCUGGGGCUGGGACGCUGUCUGAGAAGAGGGAGGAGAUCGGGAAGGAGCAGACUGUUCGGCUCCGAGGGCAGAUGAUGGAGUCCAUGGAAGCAGCUGAGGAGCUACAGGUGGAAGAGGAGGUCCAGUGUGAGGGGGAGGCCAUGGAGGAGCUGGAAAUCCGGAUCGAGGCAAACUGCACCAUGGGUGUGGAGAAUCUGCUUGAGGGGUGUGAGGAAGAGAUGGGGGUUCAUAUUGAGGGACGUCUGAAGGAGGUUGUGUGCCAGGUAGAGGGGAGGAUAAACCAGGUGGUGUCCCAGAUAGAGGGCUGCAUGGGUGACGUGGGGUGCCAGUUCGAGGAGUGCAUCGAGGAGGUGGGCCGCCUGGAGUCGCGGCGGGACGAACUGGUGGCAGAGCUCCUGCAGCUGGAACAGCCAAUGGUGCAGGCCGCACAGGCGCUGAGGGCGGAGCUUAGCGAGGCACGCAGACAGCUCUCCCUGGCAGAGCUGGAGAGGCAGGGCCUGCGGGAAGAGGCGCGGCUCGUGAAGAGGAAGCUGUUCAUCGCUGCCAGGGACUGCAUCCAGAGCCAGGUCACCCUGGCAACCCAGCAGCAUGAGGUAGCACAGUUCGCCAUCACACAGGAGGAGCUGCAGGCCCAGAUCCUGGAGCUCACCCAGGAGGCUGUCAGUCUCAAAGAGGCCCAACAUAACCGCCUCAGCGCCCUGCAGGACCAGCUGCAGGCUGUGGGCCGGCGCCGCACCAGGAGCGACCUGUCGCACUGCCGCCGAGCCUCGCUGGACCUGGAGCGGUACCUGCAGGGCGGCAUGCGGGCGCUGGAGGACUGGUACGAGCCCAGGCUGCUUGCCCUGCUGAAAAGAAAGCAGUUUGGGGAGGAGGCCCUGCGGAGGACUCGGGACCAGGCCCGGGACCUGAAGGCCCAGCUUGCCCCCCUCCAGGAGGAGGUGCAGAGGCUGCUGUUCCAGGGCGCCUGUCUGGAGGAGAGGAUCGCCCUGAUGGAGAGGGAGAGGGAGGAGAAUGUGGUGCAGCACCGGGAGACCUUUGACAUGCUGGAGGAGAGCUUAAGAGACCUGAAGACCGAGAUUCAGGUGCAGAAGAAGAAAAACGAGGAGUUGGAUACCAUCAAGAGCAACGUUUCCAAAGAGGUGGAUGCCCACAGGCAGCUUCUUGAAGAAUAUGGGAUACUUUGCUCUCCUGUCGAGAAGAGUCUGGAAACAUGAUCAUUUAAAACCUUCCACAGAUGAAUCAUAUAAUUUUGACCUUGAAAUAUGUAACAUUUUUCUUUUAUAACAUUAAAAAGUUUGUGAAAUAGCUUCAACUUGUACAAGAAAUAUAGACACAUAUAAGGGACUAUCAUAAAAAUGAUGGUCUCUGUGUAAUCAAUAAAAUUCCAAAAGUUAGACAAAGAUAGUUCAUAUGGUUACACUCUGUGUACCAUUUGCAGAGUUUGUAGACAGAUGAUCUCUAAUAACUGCAUACAAAGUUAUUGCUUGGCUUUGCUUAUGCAUUGAUAAACAAAUUAAAAGGCUAAUUCCACAAAACUCUACACUGAUUAUCCAAUGCCUCAGAAGGAAG